AGGAAGUGAUGUCACAGGCCCCAUGUGAGCGGAUUGCAACACAUGCAGCUGCCUGGAGAGAGGGAGCCGGUGUCCUACGUCAGAGCCGCCGCCGCGGAGCCGCCGCCGGGGAGGAGCAGCCGCUGCCGCCCAGGACUGGGCCCUUAGGGAGGAGGAGGCGAGAAGAUGGCGGACGACCCCAGUGCUGCCGAUAGGAACGUGGAGAUCUGGAAGAUCAAGAAGCUCAUCAAGAGCUUGGAGGCGGCCCGCGGCAAUGGCACAAGCAUGAUAUCAUUGAUCAUUCCUCCCAAAGACCAGAUUUCACGAGUGGCAAAAAUGUUAGCAGAUGAGUUUGGAACUGCAUCUAACAUUAAGUCACGAGUAAACCGCCUUUCAGUCCUGGGAGCCAUUACAUCUGUACAACAAAGACUCAAACUUUAUAACAAAGUACCUCCAAAUGGCCUGGUUGUUUACUGUGGUACCAUUGUAACAGAAGAAGGAAAGGAAAAGAAAGUCAACAUUGACUUUGAACCUUUCAAACCAAUUAAUACGUCAUUGUAUUUGUGUGACAACAAAUUCCAUACAGAGGCUCUUACAGCACUACUUUCGGAUGACAGCAAGUUUGGCUUCAUUGUAAUAGAUGGUAGUGGUGCACUUUUUGGCACACUCCAAGGAAACACAAGAGAAGUCCUACACAAAUUCACUGUGGAUCUCCCAAAGAAACAUGGUAGAGGAGGUCAGUCAGCCUUGCGUUUUGCUCGUUUAAGAAUGGAAAAGCGACAUAACUAUGUUCGGAAAGUAGCUGAGACUGCUGUACAGCUCUUUAUUUCUGGGGACAAAGUGAAUGUGGCUGGUCUUGUUUUAGCUGGAUCAGCUGACUUUAAAACUGAACUAAGUCAAUCUGAUAUGUUUGAUCAGAGGUUGCAGUCAAAAGUUUUAAAAUUAGUUGAUAUAUCCUAUGGUGGUGAAAAUGGGUUCAACCAAGCUAUCGAGCUAUCUACUGAAGUCCUCUCCAACGUGAAAUUCAUUCAAGAGAAGAAAUUAAUAGGACGAUACUUCGAUGAAAUCAGUCAGGACACGGGCAAGUACUGUUUUGGAGUUGAAGAUACACUAAAGGCUUUAGAAAUGGGAGCUGUAGAGAUUCUAAUAGUCUAUGAAAAUCUGGAUAUAAUGAGAUAUGUUCUUCAUUGCCAAGGCACAGAAGAGGAGAAAAUUCUCUAUCUAACUCCAGAACAAGAGAAGGAUAAAUCUCAUUUCACAGACAAAGAGACAGGACAAGAACAUGAGCUGAUCGAAAGCAUGCCCCUGCUGGAAUGGUUUGCUAACAACUAUAAAAAAUUUGGAGCAACGUUGGAAAUUGUCACAGAUAAGUCACAAGAAGGAUCCCAGUUUGUGAAAGGAUUUGGUGGAAUUGGAGGUAUCUUGCGGUACCGAGUAGAUUUCCAGGGAAUGGAAUACCAAGGAGGAGAUGAUGAAUUUUUUGACCUUGAUGACUACUAGGUAGUCGACAUGGGUCCGGCAAAACGUGCCUCACCCUCCAGCAUCCAACCCAAGGAGCAUACCCGUGGUGGAAUCCAAACAGAUCCCUGCCUUACAAUUGGAACAUUUCCAGAACUUAAUCCAUGAGCAUUGGAUAUUGAAAAGAAAACCGAAACAAAACCAGACCCAACCCUACACUUUGGUUUGUCAUGGUGUCAGCGCAGCAGCCUACAACUAAGUUCCUAAAAUGCCACUUUGGACUAAUUUAAAAAAGAAUCCCAGUUUUUACUUUUACUCGAUGGUGAAAUUGGUUGCUCUUGUAUUUUAUGAAAAAAAAAAUGAUUUUUUUAACCUUCAUACAUAGAAUCAAAAAUACUUUAACUGCUGUAAACCUUCAAAAGUUAAUAGAAAUGAGAUCAUACUGGUUUGUUUCUUAUUUUGAUUGGAGAAAAAUUGCUGCAUUUCGCAGUGACCCAUUUACAUGGCAUUCUCAGCUUAGACUGCAUAAGAAGAAAUACAUGCGGUGAAAUGUUGGAACCAUUUUUUCUUGGUCUCUGUUUAAUGUUGAAAGGGUGAGCUAAUAGGAGGCAAUUUCAACUUCACUCCCUCACAUUACUCCUCCCCCCUCCAGACUGUCAGUUUCAAGGAUGCAAAUUGCAUUGCAAAGUCAAACUGACACAGGAAGCAUUUGGGCCAAUGCACUGUUCCCUUUCAUCUGUUUUGCAGGCGCAUUUGUGCCCAGGGUUUGGGAGCCCUUGGCAUCAAUUGCAUUGAUAAGGGUUCCCAUAAUCUUAGCCUACUAGAAACCAGUUUGGGAUGGAUAUGAUGGGGCUUCUGUGCUAUUGCUGGGAUUGGGAGAAAUAAAACAUGCAAUUUAAGUGGAAGCAAAGAAA